AUGGUGAGCAAGAAGCCCUGCUGCGGCGCCGCCGCCACCACCCGGCUCUCCUCUGUCUUCUCCUCCUGCUCCUCGGGCUCCCGCAUUGCCCCGUCCCGCGCGCGGAGGCACAAGAAGAAGAGGAAGGUCAAGAGCGGCGGCGCCGUCGUUGCGCCGACGACGGGGUCGUCCAUCUACAGAGGCGUGUGCAGGAACAUCGGCUCGGGGAAGUACGAGGCGCACCUGUGGGACGGGCACCGCCGGAGCACGGCCCAGGAGAGGAGAGGCGGCCAAGGAUCUUAUGAGACAGAGGAGGCAGCAGCUCGCACCUACGACCUCGCGGCGCUCAAGUACUGGGGCUCGGACUGCGGGAUCCUCAAUUUCCCUAUGGAGACGUACGAUCAGGAGCGCGAGAGGAUGCAGCGCGUGACGACGAAGGAGUACCUGGCCCAACUGAAGCGCAACAGCUGUGGCUUCGCAAGGGGCGCCUCCAAGUACAGGGGAGUUGCAAGGCAUCACCAGAACGACCGGUGGGAGGCGAGGAUCACCUGCGCCACCGUCGGCGGGCAGUGCGUCUACCUGGGCUCGUUCGGUGCGUUUCUCUCUGUCCUUCAAACAUAUCUGAAAGGUGUCGCUGUUUUUGUUGCGUUUCCCUCUGCAGCUACCGAGGAAGAGGCGGCCAGAGCCUACGACCUGGCGGCGGUACAGCUCCGCGGCUUCGGCGCCGUCACCAACUUCGACGUCGACUACUACAUGGACCCAUGCCAGGACAUGGCGGCGCAUCCGUCGGCGCCACUGCUCCUGCAGCCCAAGGACGAACCCGAGCACGCCGCGCCGCCCGCCCCGGUGCUCCGUGACGACGUCGACGACGUGGACCGCGCCGUCGCGGAGGUACUGGAGGCGCUCUGCGUGGACCGCGCCGACUUCGAGGCCAGGUACAGCCUGCCCCGCCACCGGUGCUGGCCGUCAUCGGACAACGACGACGUGCGAGACCUGCCGAGGGACGUGGGCUUCGAGGAUGACAUCGAGAGCGUGUUCUUCGACGACACACCCGGAACCGCCACCGCGCCUACCAAUGUGGCAGUGAUCUCCUGCGCAGCCGCCACGAUCAGCUCGUCGGCGCUAGGCCGCUGUUGGUGA